UUGAAGACGACUAUAAAGAAAACUCUCAUCACCUGGAAGAAGAAGGUCCCUACUCCAACUGAGGAAACCGAUUUAUUACCAGAAUACGUUGAUGAGACAACUGAGCAACCCGAAAAUCCUGAUGAGAUUGGUGAAGAAACUACUGAAGAGAACACUAUCACUGUUGAGACUUCAGAAGGCAAUUUCGAGAUUCCAACUGACGUCAUGACUGAGUUGACUGAAAAUGUAGACCAAGAGAAGAUAACACACAUCAUAUUCUACAUGAUCAAAGUUGUGCAGAAAAUGAAAAUUCCAAACAGCAAGAUCACUCCUGAUAUUGCUAUCAGUAUGUUGGAGAAGGAAUUCCCUGACUGUACUUUCAUUUUCGAGAAGUUGAAGACGACUAUAAAGAAAACUCUCAUCACCUGGAAGAAGAAAAUUCCUACUCCAACUGAGGAAACAGAUUUAUUACCAGAAUACGUCGAUGAGACAACUGAGCAACCGGAAAAUCCUGAUGAGAUUGGUGAAGAGACUACAGAAGAGAACACUAUCACUGUAGAGACUUCAGAAGGCAACUUCGAGAUUCCGACUGAUGUCAUGACCGAGCUGACUGAAAAUGUAGAUCAGGAAAAGACAACACGCAUUAUAUUCUUCAUGAUUACUAUUGUGAAGAAAAUGAAAAUUCCAAACAGCAAGAUCA